CUGACGAGGGAGAGAGCUCGGAUAUAAUUAUUGAAAAAAAGCAAAACCCUCAGCUUAGCUCCCUAAUCUUUCAGAACUCGUUCGUUCCUGAGCUUGAGCUUGUCGUUUGCUCUGCUUGUCUUGCGGAUUUGAAUGUUCGCCUUGAAGAUUCAAUACUUUGUUUUAGCUAGUGAUUUUUUAUUGAAAGACUGAGAUUUGCGUGGCAAUUGGAGUUGUUUUCUUUUUGCGAUUUAUUUUAAAAAAAUUGAUGGAACAAAGUGAAGCGAUUUCCGAUUUUGCGCCAAAAAAACUGGCGCGGCAGUUGGAUUUUACGGCGGUUUGUAGAGCAUCAGCGAAUGUGGUUUUGCCGCCGUCGCAGGCUUCACAAUCACAUAUAAAGUUACAGCCACAUGCACCGCAGCCGUCAUCGCAACAGGUUCAACCGCAGCCUCUUUUGCAUUUACAAUUACAAACGUCACCGAAGCAGCCGCAGGCAAUGCCUCAAUUGCAUGCCCGGCCGCAGCAAGUGCCGGUGGUGCGUCGGAUUCCUCAUCCCGUGCAGAAACAUCCGCUUCCAACAAUGCCGCUGUCCAAGCAAGAGUCUCCUGGAUCACGUCCGAGAAAUAAUGCUGAAGCAAAAGAUGGUACUCCUAAGAAACUAAAGCAAUGUAAUUGCAAAAAUUCGCGAUGCUUGAAAUUGUAUUGUGAGUGCUUUGCUGCUGGGAUCCAUUGUAAUGGUUGCAAUUGCUUAAAUUGUUACAAUAAUGUGGAGCAUGAGGCAACUAGGCAAGAGGCUGUUGGAGCUAUCUUAGAGCGCAAUCCACAUGCUUUUAGACCUAAGAUUGCUAGCAGCCCGUGUGGAUCUCUGGAUACAAGAGAAGAUCCAAGGGAAGCUCAAAUGAUUGGAAAGCACAAUAAAGGAUGCCACUGCAAGAAAUCAGGCUGCCUCAAGAAAUACUGUGAGUGCUUCCAAGCCAAUAUUUUGUGCUCUGACAAUUGUAAAUGCAUGGAUUGCAAGAAUUCUGAAGGAAGUGAAGAAAUGAGAUCUCUGUUUCUUGGCAAUCAUAAUGGCACAACCUGCAUGCAACAAGCAGCAAAUGCAGCUAUUAAUGGCGCCAUUGGAUCAUCUGGCUAUGGGACCCCUAUAGCAUCCAAGCAUAGAAAAAGUGAGGAAAUCCUAAGCAGUGUUGCAACUAAAGAUCAAUCUGCAAAAUAUGAAAAGGAAAACCAUGUGAGGAAUUCUGCAGCUUCUUCUCCUUCCUUCUCUGCCCCUGUUUCACAUUCUGCUAAUGCAACUGCAUUGGGAGCUUCAAAGUUCAUAUACAAGUCUCCUCUGGCAGGCAUACUUCAACCACAGGAUGUGAAGGAGAUGUGCUCACUCUUGGUCAUACUUUCAGAGGAAACUAAAAAGGCACUUGAAGGGAAAAAGGAUAAGCAACCGGAAAAAGGAAACGAUCAUUUUUUUGAACCUACUUCUGCUUUGUGCAUACAAGGGAAGGAAGAUAAUGUAAAUGGACCUGAUAUCCAUAGAACUUUGCCUGAUGAUUGUGUAAAUGGGAUCAAAGCAGGAAGAGAGAGAAACAAUGGUUCAGGAACUGGAGGUGAUCUUGAAAAUGGAAGGCCAGCAUCACCAGAAAUUGAUUUGAUGUGCCAUGAACAAGAAAUGGUAUUCAUGGAAGCUGGCCCAGCAGCUGGGAUAGGAGGGCUUAGUCAAAACAAAACUCAGAUAUCAUCUAACGGGCAUGAGUGCUCAGAGGUUUAUGCUGACCAAGAAAAGCUCAUUUUGACCAGGUUCCGGGAUUUUCUCAAUAGGCUCAUCACAUGUGGGAGCAUAAAAGAAACAAUGAACUCUCCAUCAGCCAAGACUAAAAUGGAGAACCAACAAGAACCAGCAGAUAGAUUGAUCAUUCAUGCUGGAACGGAAAUUGGAAAUCACAAGAAGGCUUACAGUAAUGGUGACGCCAAAUCUUCUGUAGUGGCAACUUCUUCUAAUGUUGUUCUGCCUUUAGUAUCUGCAAUGCCUGUUAAAAAUGGAGAUAUUAAUCCAGAGAAGAAGGCUAAAUUGGAGGAAAAUAGUUGAAAGUAGCAUCAUUAUUAUGCAAUGAAAUGAAGCAACCAUUUCCCGCUAUUCUACAUGCAAUACUAGGUCUUGUUGUCGGAAUUUUCUUCUUGACAAAUUAAUUUUUGAUUAUUGAAAUAAAUAUUUUCGAUGGUUGCUAUGCGA